UUGAUCAGUCUGCUCAGGAAACUUCUAGUGGAGAAAGUACUGGAGUCCACUUUGAAGGGGGAGAAGUUCAGAUUUUGUGCAAAGAAUUGCCUUGCUCCUGCAGAAGACAAUCUCGGGAAAAAUAUUCAUCUAUAUAUACUCACUUUAAAUUGGCCAUUUUAACUAUUUUUUGCAUGGUGCAGGGCGAAAAGCCUGUAACACAGAUUUUUUUAACAGAUAGGAACACUUUUGGAUGAAGACUCUUGGCUUUAGCUUUAAAAAAAAAUCGGAUUAUCUGACUGAGGCAUUGUGUUCACUUAGACUCUAGCCUACUCUUUUUUUCCUCUUCGCAUUUGAGGGUUUAGGCUGUCCCACAGACGAGAACACCAACAUGUUUCUGAGUUUUUGUCUCUUGGUGACAUUUCUUUUGGGGCUGUCCGGGUGCUUGGGCUCAUACGUGCCGUGCGAGCCUUGUGACCAGAAGGCGCUGUCCAUGUGUCCCCCGGUCCCGGUCGGCUGCCAGCUGGUCAAGGAGCCGGGUUGCGGCUGCUGCCUAACGUGCGCCCUGUCUGAGGGGCAGGCGUGCGGCGUUUACACCGGGACUUGCACCCAUGGCCUCCGCUGCCUGCCGAGGAGCGGGGAGGAGAAGCCCCUGCACGCCCUUCUCCACGGCAGGGGAGUGUGCACCAACGAGAAAGGAUACAAACCGGCCCAUCCGCCCAUAGACCGUGAGUCCAGAGAACAUGAGGAUGCCAUGACCACAGAGAUUACAGAGGAACUGCAGCCGGCGAAAGUGCCACUCCUCCCCAAAGACAUUGUGAACAGUAAAAAAGUCCAGGCUCUGCGCAAGGAGCAGAAGAGGAAGCAAGGCAAGCAGCGCUCGAUAGGCUCCCCCCUGGAUUACUCCCCUCUACCCAUUGACAAGCAUGAGCCAGAAUUUGGUCCUUGCAGGAGAAAGUUGGAUGGGAUCAUCCAGGGCAUGAAGGACACCUCUCGUGUCAUGGCUUUGUCUUUGUAUCUCCCCAACUGUGACAGAAAGGGGUUCUUCAAGCGCAAGCAGUGCAAACCUUCUCGCGGUCGCAAACGGGGCAUCUGUUGGUGUGUGGACAAGUACGGCGUCCAGCUCCCUGGCACAGACUACAGUGGCGGGGACAUUCAGUGUAAAGACCUGGAGAGCAGCAACAACAACAACGAGUGAAAAGGGGAGGAACUCUGUUUACCACCCCCCACCAACCCUCCUCCUCAUCCCCUAACCACCACCUGACCCAGGGCCCACACCUCCUCUCCCCCAUCACACCUGUCUGCUCUGCCCUCCAUUCACUUCAAGAUUUUUUUUCUCACAAAGGAAAAAAAGAAUCCAAACAAAAGAACAGGCUUAAAAGAGAGACCUGUAAUUUUCUUUUCUUUUUUUUUCUGUUGUUGACCGAGCACUCAUCUUCAAAUGAGGGGAAAAAAAACAGAAGAUUCAGACCCCUCGACUAUUGGCCAUGGGGCCCCUUCUAUGAGCCGGGUCCCCCGGCUACAGAUCCAUGAAAAUAUAUGCACACAAUGGAUAUAUUUUUAUAGAAGCUGGGGGUUUCAACACAACACUUUGUAUCAUGUAAAAUUAACUCAAAAUCAUUGUGAAGAAAAAAUAACAUAAGGCACAUUGAUUCUAAACAGAACUAUUUUAGCCACUCGGGGGUCUUGAGGCAAUAGCUGGAACUUUUAAUGAUUGGCAGAGUAAUUUGGUUUUUCAGCUAUUUGUUUUCCAAGAGAAAAAAAACAGAAACAUGAGAUAGGGAUCUGCUGUAACAGUUGACUCUAUCUGGGUAUGUGGUUCUGUCAGAGCACUUAUGAAUAGGGGAACCUGCUUAGAUAUGUGUACCUUCACAAAAUGAUGUGUGUAUGAAUGUAUGUAUGUGUGUAUGUACAGUAUGUAUGAGCCUGUGUAGGUGUACGAUGGAGUGAGCCUAUUACAAAAGAAUGUCCUUUUUCUUUCUCUUUUUUUGUUUUUGUUUUUGUCAACAAUUAUUGCUAGUGCUUGAAGUGGUCUUGGGGCUGGCCUUCUCUUACUAGCCUAUGUAAAGUAUGUCUCGGGACAUUGAGAGCGUUUGGAAACAAAAGAGUAAGCAGAUUGUUACAGAUGAACCUAUGUAAGUGGCUCUUUGACAAUGUAGCUAGCCUGAUAUGCCAACUGUGCCUAUUUGAACAGACACUGCCAUGCAGGGCCACACAGAACUUAACAGAGAGCGCUGACUCUACUGGCGAAAUAAAGUAUACGAUCAAUAUUUUUACAUUGACCUAUCAAUGAACAGUAUCUUUAACACUUUGCAGCUGGAUUGACGCGAGUGAAAAAUCAAACUUGCAUUCGCCAGUAAUGCCAGUGGCUUCUCUGAUUCGGUUGUGUGAAGUGUAGUUUUGUAUGGUUUUGUUUGUGCUGUUUUCUUUGCCUUCAGUGAAGUAACGACCGCCCACUUUUGAGCCAUGUUCCUUUAUCAAGUGGUUUCCCCUCAAUACUGCUACUACAGUGUAACCGUGGUGUAUUACAGUACAUUUAAGUAGUUAUUGAAUGUUGUUUUUCUCUAGAAACAAACAAUGACAACAAUGUAUUGGUGCUUGGAGAAAAAAAAGAUUAUUUUAGCCUGUUAUCCAUUUCAAUAGGUCCUUGUAAUCGGUCAGGAGAAUGGCCCAGAGUCAUUUGAAUACAGGACAGUCAAAGAAGCUAACCCUUUGAUGCCCUUCUGCUUACAAGCCUCUCUGUGGAAAUGUUAUCCUGCCUUUUCAACUACUUCUUAAAACAAUACAAAACUGCCUUGAGGAAUCGUGAGCAGUUUUUUUUUUUUUUUCAUCUAAAAGAGGAGCAUUGUCAAAAACAAGGGUUACAGUUAAUAACAGGGUCAGUUAAAAAGUUCUAUCUCUGUGUGCAAGUCACAGUGCCUUUCUACAUGCAAAUACAUUUGAAUAGUGGACGUGAAAGUGACAUGGAUGUCAUAGGGGGCAAAUUCCUUUUUCAGAUGCCCCACCCCACUAGGGCUGAUCCUUGUUAUGAUGAUAAAGAGGUCUAGGUUUAGUUCUGAUGUAGAGAAGAACGAUGAAUGUGGUAGGUCCUAUAAAUGGUGUCACAAAUGCAUUGCAAAUCCAUUAUAAUCUUUGCCUGUACCUCAGGGCAAUUCUGGACAAGAGUGAUUUGUGAGGAACCGCUGCGUAACCGCAGCCAGUUAAACCUCUCUCUUCUCUUUCUUCAACAACCAAUAAGCUAAUAUAAUUGCUUUUCAUGUGACUGCCAAUGUAUUUGAUUGCCAGAGAGUGGAAGCCAAAGGAUGUUAGAGUCUGGAGGUGAAUCAUCGUCAAGGGUGGCAGGAGGACUGCUUCUCUCUGCAUGUCUGUUUUGACAGGGAAGCCAUUUCCUCAGCCAGGGAGAAACGGUGCGAGCAUCCAAAAUGGCUUCUGGUUGUGAACAAAACGUCAAGGCUCCUUGCCCUGCUUCCCACACCAAAUCCCCACCACCACUUUCAAAAAAAAAAGCAGCUUGCACUUAUUUCAGUUACUCAAUAUUGAUACUGACACACAACGACGACCUGAGAUGUGGUGUCAUGAAGUUAGUGGGAAAAAACAGCCACAAAGCUAAAUGUUGUGUUAUCUUGUGCUUACCUUUUAAAGGUGGUGCUUCGAGGUAAUAUUUGUCGACAGGGGCUGUACAAGCCCAUGCCUGGGACCUCCAAUACAGCAACAUCCUUUAGGGAAAAUAGAUAGAAAGUAACACAUACAGUACACUAGCGAUGGCACGUGCUCUCAUGGCCUAUUGCACAGAUGAGAGAAAGACGGAGAAAGACUAAGAGGGGAGAAGAGAGGGUCAAGAGAGGAGACGAGAGCGAGCGCCAUGGGCAGUGGUCAUAAUCAGGGCCUAGCCACUUCCCCGAUAUGGGGUCACCAAUUGCAUGACAGUAGAUACAGUUAGCAAGACAGUUAC